AUGGCAUCUCUUCUGAAUGCGGUUCUCCUAGAGCUCCAAGAUCUUCAUUCGAACAAUCAUACAAUCAGCGUGGUACCUGCCAGGCGAGGAAGCUCUGCAGACCGAGAAGAUGAACCUGGUUUCGUUCCUUCAAAGAGAGUACCAUCGUCCAAUCGUACAAGAAUUCGUCAAACACCAUUAAUCCCAUUGAGCUUUGCCGAUUAUCCGACACAAAAAUCACCAGCUAUUCCCUCAGCAUCUGCACAUACACCACAACAACUUUCCGAGAAACACUUAGGCUACAACAUAGCCAAUGAAGAUUUCAUAGUCGUUGACACCGACAUGGCAGCGAUUGAAGGCGCGUGGCCUAUGUUUAGUGGCAUUGAACCAUUUGCAAUGGAUGAAGACAUGGUAAAUCACAGCUCACCCUCUGCCUUUCGAUCAGUCUGGGCGGGAGCCGACACGCCCUGUUUCACACCACCACCCAACACACAAAAUAUGAACCGAAGCUUUGUGUCCAUAGCUGAGGAUUCAGGAGGGAUAGAUAAGGGUAAGGAGCUAGGGAAAAUUGGACCCACAGAGAAAUUCAGGGAUAAUCCUUCAAUCCCUGAAAGUAGUAUAAGCAUGGCAAUUCCUGGGUUAGAAAAACCUCCUCCCCUAUCUGGCACUCGUAAUAAUGUAAUUCGCACCUACUAG